AUGCUACUCUCCUCUCUCCUCGCAAUCCUCACUCUUUUGCCUGCCGCGCAUACCGACUUAACCUCGGACAGAAAUGCCCUUCUUGCAUUCUCAAACUCCGUGCCCCACGGCCCCAAACUCAACUGGGACCCGAAUUCCCCCAUCUGCACCUCAUGGACUGGGGUCAACUGCAGUGCCAAUGGCCAAGAUGUAAUCGGGCUCCGCCUCCCGGGCGUUGGGCUCACCGGGCCCAUCCCUAACGGCACUCUCGGGAGGCUUCAUUCUCUAAGGGUACUCAGCCUUCGGUCCAAUCGGCUCGGUGGGCCCAUCCCGCCCGACAUCCUCUCCCUCCCCUCCCUCAACUACCUUUUCCUACAGAACAACAACUUCUCUGAAGAGAUCUCUCAAUCCCUCCCCCGCCAGCUCAGCGUCCUCGACCUCUCGUUCAACUCGUUCACCGGAAAUAUCCCGCUGGCCGUUCGGGACCUGAGCCGAUUAACGUCUCUGAGCCUACAGAACAAUUCCUUCUCGGGUCCCAUCCCAGACCUCAGCCGGACCCGCCUCAGGCGUCUGAACCUGAGCUACAAUAAUCUCGUCGGCCCAAUACCAUCUUCUUUGCAGAACUUUCCAGAUUCUUCAUUUCUUGGGAACUCUCUAUGCGGCCCCCCCUUGAAUCCGUGCCGGGUUGCUCUUCCGCCUUCGCCCUCAUUGGGCCCCACACGACCGCCUUCAGGCCCUCGAGAGAGCUCGGCCAUAAGGAGACUCUCGCGCGGGAUCAUAAUAGCCAUUGCAGUUGGAGGAUUUGUGAUCUUGCUUAUUCUUUUAUCUAUGUUUAUAUUCUUGUGCUGCUUUUGGAGGAAAAGGAACGAUAAAAAUCGGGGGUCCCCUAAAGUGAAGACCUCAGGAGUCGGGAGGAGUGAGAAGAAGCCGAGCGAGGAGUUCGGGAGCGGGAUCCAAGAGCCCGAGAGGAACAAGCUCGUGUUUUUCGAGGGUUGCUCGUAUAAUUUCGACUUGGAGGACUUGCUAAGGGCUUCAGCCGAGGUUCUGGGGAAGGGUAGUUUCGGAACGGCGUAUAAGGCAGUUCUGGAGGAGUCGACCACGGUAGUGGUCAAGAGGCUCAAGGAAGUUAUUGUCGGUAAGAGGGACUUCGAGCAGCAAAUGGAGACGGUCGGGAGGGUCGGGCUGCACCCCAACCUAGUGCCUUUGAGGGCUUAUUAUUAUUCCAAGGACGAGAAGCUCCUGGUGUACGAUUACUACCCGAACGGUAGCUUGGCGAGUCUAUUGCACGGAAACAAGUCCACCGCUGGGCGUACCCCACUUGACUGGGACUCGAGACUAAAGAUCUCCCUCGGGGCAGCCCGUGGGCUGGCCCACCUCCACUCGGCCGGCGGCCCAAAACUCACACACGGCAACAUUAAGGCCUCCAACAUCCUCCUCACCACACAAGACAGCCACCCGGACACAACUACAGCUGCCAUAUCCGACUUUGGGCUGGCCCCACUUAUGGCUCACCCUGGCCCGGGCCCAUCUACCCGGCCCAUCGGUUAUCGGGCCCCAGAGGCAAUCGAGACCAGAAAACACACCCACAAGUCUGACGUGUACAGCUUUGGAGUGGUCCUUCUCGAGAUGCUUACUGGCAAGCAGCCGAUCCAGUCCCCGGGCAGGGACGAGAUCGUGGACCUGCCCAGGUGGGUCCAGUCGGUGGUGCGAGAAGAGUGGACAGCCGAGGUGUUUGAUGUGGAGCUCAUGAGGUUUCAGAACAUAGAGGAAGAAAUGGUGCAGAUGCUGCAGAUAGCAAUGGCUUGCGUGGGGAAGGUUCCGGAUUUGAGGCCCGGGAUGGACGAGGUGGUGCGGAUGAUUGAGGAGGUCCGGUUUUCGGACACGGAAAACCGGCCGUCGUCUGAGGAGAACAAGUCAAAGGAUUCAAAUGUGCAGACCCCUUGA